UUCAUAAAAACUGGGAUUCAGAUCAUGCACGCGCAAUAUCAUUCGCGGGCACACCUCCACGAUUGCGCUUCAACAGUCCAUGACUUGUUGCUAUGGUAACAGAUGCAAGAUUGGCCCUUUUCCUGGAUCCACUCUAAAUAGUUUCCAGAAAAUUUUCACAUGUUAUCAUGAUUUAGGUACGAUUUGAUGGUUUUGGAACCUUUCUACACGAAAACUAUUUUCAGGAAAUAGUAAACUUUUAAAAGCAUGCAAUAAAGAAAUAUUUAUCAAUACUAAAUAUUUCUUGAUACCUUGAUUUCGUCAAAAUAUUUCAAUAUUUAAAAUAUUUACUCCAAUACAUUAAUAACCCUAAGGAUAUGCUGAUUAGUAAGAUACUAUCAACAGCUGGUAUAUUUUUUAUUCUAAGUUUUGUAGAUGGAGUUUUAAUACACAAUUUAACAAUGAUUCCUUCAACGUACCAAAAAUAUGCUAUUCAGGAAAAAUCUGCAGUUUUACCUAUUCAACAUUUAUUGACUAGAAUAAAGAGACAAGAAUUUGAUGCAGAUGUGCCUGAAGAACCUCCUGAUCCUUGUGACUUUGGAGUUGGAGGACCAAAUUUAGACAUGUGUACUUGGCUCAUACCUGCAGUCACCACUAUUCGAAGUCGAUGGCGAUUAGGAAUGGGAGAACUGUCAGCUUGGAUUGGAGGGCCACGAGCUGAUCAUACAACCUCUGACAGACAAGGUGGUUAUGUAUUUUACGAAACAUCGUUUCAAGAAGAUAGUCAUCUACCAGUGGUGCCAACAAUAGUGAAACAAGACCAUCAAGUGGUAGGUGGAGCUCGACCAUUACCCCAAGGAGCAGGAGGAUCUUCUGUAGAUCCAGAUGAUGACUUUGGGGUCAUUGAUAGUGCAUUAUUUAUAAGUAGGAAUCUCAGUAAAACAGGACCAAUGGGUUAUUGCCUUAGUUUCUUUUACAUCAUGGAAGGCUUAAGUGCUGAUAGACUCAUAAUUCAUCUAAAAGACAUGGAAACUGCUGAAAAUGCGUCAUUGUGGGAAAUCAGAGAAGGAGUAGAAGGAAGUUGGACCAAAGGAGAAGUAGCAUAUACUUAUGAUGGAAAUCAUUUGAUAGUUUUUGAAGCCGUUACUAAAGCAACCAAUGAUCCUGCAAGACCUUUUAGAGGGUAUAUAGCAUUAGAUGAUAUGGUGUUUCAGAAAAUGGGAAGCCCGGACUUGGACAAUUGCUUUGGUCACUGUACCUUUGAAGGUGGAUUCUGUGGUUGGACGAAUGAUGUGGAAGAUGAUUUUGAUUGGGAAUUAGGUAGAUCAAGUAAAAGUUUUUUAACGGGUCCAUCUAGAGACUUUAGCAGCUAUAACAGAGAUGAACAGACAGGUGGCUACUCUUACAUAGACGCUUCUUUCCCGAGGCGACCAGGAGAUCGGGCGAGACUAUUAAGUCCUAAUUUCUUGGCUACUGGUGACAAUAAUCCAGUUUGCAUGAAAUUUGCUACCCAUAUGUUUGGGAACGGAGUUGGGAGUUUGAGGGUACUGAAGCGUGUUCCAGGGGAUGAAGCUCCUGACAGAGUACUUUGGGAAAUAAGUGGAGAAUCUGGAAACAAAUGGUACAGAGCACAAGUUUCUGUUUCAUCAGCCACUUCCUAUCAGCUUGUUUUUGAAGGAGUUGUGGGGACUAAUUCUCUUGGGAACAUUGCGAUCGAUAGUGUAUCAUUUAUACCAGGAACUUGCACAAUCACACCUCAAACGGCUGCUAAAAAUUCUGGCGAUUGUACGUUUGAAGAAGAUGCGUGUGGUUGGACAAAUGCUUUACCAAUUGAUGCUCUCGAUGACUUCGACUGGGCUCGGCAGUACAGCUAUAGUGUAUCAGGGCCAUCUACAGAUCAUACGAAAGGUACAAAAGAAGGCUAUUACAUGAAUCUUCUAAGUAAUCCACAUGCACCUCAAAGAGGGGGAACAAGGGCUUGGUUAAUUAGCCCUCUUUUUUCUGCAACUGGACGAACUCGAUGUUUAUCAUUCUAUUAUUUCAUGUAUGAAAGAUCAAUUGAUCCAGCAGGGCCAAGUUUAGGAAGUUUAAGAAUUCAUGUUAGAUCAGCAGCAGGUGAAGCGGGUGGUAAAGUAACCACUCUUUGGAGAUUGCACAAUCAUCAAGGUCAAAGAUGGCAAACAUCAAGAACACCAGUUGUCAUGGGUUCUGAAAGAGCUGCACCCAGUAGUCCAUAUCAAAUAAUUAUUGAAGGAAUAUGGGGUGACGGAAGAGUUGGUGUGAUUGCCAUCGAUGAUAUCAGCUUUUUUGAUGGAGAUUGCUCAUCGCAUCCUUUGAAAGCAACUGCUGUGAUAGGGGAAUGCUCAUUUGAUAGAAAUAUGUGUGACUGGAAGAACAAUACGGAAUCACCUCCACCUUUGCAAGAACUUGGUUCACAUCGAGCGACUUCGAAGUUCAAUCGACAUGAUUUGCAAUCUCAAGAAGGUCUCACUUGGCGCUUGGCAUCAAUCAUAAGCAGACCAGCCAAUCUACAAGACCAUACCUUUAGAGCUCCAACUGGAUACGUAUUUUUUGACAUCUUCAAUCAAGCAUCCGCCCAAAAUCCAGUAUUAAGAAGCCCAGAUUUCGCAGCAAGUCAAAAUGAUGCUCUUUGUUUGAGCUUCUGGUUUGCUCCAUUCGGCCGUGGAGAAGCAACAGCUUUAAGUAUCAUGCGAGUCGAACUUGCACCACCUGAAGGAGAAAAGGAGCAACGACUUCUUAUAUGGAAAAUGGCCACCAAGAAGUUUGACACUUCUCGACCAGACUGGAUGUACGGUCAAGUAUCUGUGGCGACACUAACAGCAUUCAGGGUUGAAUUUGAAGGAGAAGCCACGGAUGGAGGAUUUGCUUUGGAUGAUGUAACGUUUUACGACGGAAACUGUCAAACACGUCCUGAAGUUGCUGCUGUGGAACCACCUCCUUCAGAAAAGUUUUAGAUUGGCUUCAAUAUUUCUCAUUGAGAAUAUUUCAAAACCUGCAGCUAGAGGAAGUUGGAGAAAUAUUUUUUACUUAUUACAGACAAAAUUAUUGUUGCAAGGAAAUAAAAGUGCUAUAAUGUCAUACAAGAAUUUAAAAAUUUAUCCCUUGAAGUAUUUGGUUAGAUAUGGUAUUUUAACACAUUAAUAUACUUAAAAUUUUUCUUAUAAAUAUGCUUUCUACUUUUGCUGGCUUCUCAUAUAUUUUCUAGAUUCUUUGAACAGGAUUUAGUCAUUUUAAUAAAUAAUUUCUUUACAA